GUCGUAUUUUCGCACAAUUAUCCAGCCCAAAUUUGCCUCCUGUGUGCAACCGAAACACACAACUGCCAACAAGACCAAGAUGGCGACGAUGAGGACCUUGGCCCCGUCGGGGCGUCGCUUGACUGCAACGUCCCGUGUCGGCUUUGACACCUUGCCGGAUCAGUAUGUCAACCGCGAACAGCAGCGAGGCUUCCGCUUCAACAUUGCUUGCAUCGGCGAGACGGCCAUCGGCAAGUCUGCGCUGCUGGAUUCCCUGUUUGACACGGACUUUGAGCAGAAGCCACACAACCACGAUGAAGAGCCACACGUCGAGCACAGCUGCAAGGUUGUGAGCGAGGGCGGCGUGGACCUGCAGCUCACCAUCACGUGCUCCGUCGGUUACGGCGACCAGAUUGACCGCACAGACACCUACAAGCCUCUCCUCGACUACGUCGACGCCCAGUUCGAGGAGUACCUGCAGGAGGAGCUGAAGAUGAACCGACAGCUGCAUUCAUACACGGACACCCGCGUGCACGCGUGCCUGUUCCUCGUCUCUCCCACGGGCACCUGCCUCAAGUCCAUGGAUCUCGUUGCCCUCAAGAAGCUGUGCGACAAGGUCAAUGUGAUUGUUGUCAUCGCCAAGGCCGACACCAUCACCAAAUCCGAGCUCGAGCGCUUCAAGCAAACGCUUCGUGAGGAGUUUGCUGCCAACGGUUUGCAGCUGUUCCAGCCAGAGGUUGACACAAACCAGUACCCCCUGGCUGUUGUCGGCAGUCAGGAGAAGGUCGUCAUUGGUGGCGAGAGCGUUCGUGUCCGCCAAUACCCAUGGGGCAUCGUCGAAGUUGAGAACGACGAUCACAGCGACUUUCUUCGUCUCCGCAACCUCCUCCUCAGGACACACCUUGAGGUGCUGCGGCUGUCGACACACACGACGUUUUACGAGCGCUAUCGUCAGCGCCGGCUCGUUGAUCUCGGGUUUGCGCCGUCGGGCCGCCACACAUCCACCAGCGGGGCGGACGGCGACGCAGAGGACGUGCCGGAGUCGCUGACGGAGGUGUAUGAGCAGAAACGGCGGCAGUACAAAGAGCUCAUGGCCCGCAAGGAGCAGCAGCUCAAGGAACAGUUCAUGCAGAAGGUGAACGAGAAGGAGGGGGAGAUUCGCAAGAUUGAGAAGGAAUUGCGCGGGAAACGCGAUGAGCUCGUCAACAUUCACCGCAGCGAAGAGGCCAAGAUCAAGGCCGCUCUCCAGGCGCUUGCGCGGGACCGCGCUGCGUGGCAGGCGGAGUGCGAGGCGCGACGCAAGGAGGAAAUGAGCAAGGACUCGAAGAAGAAGGACAAGAAGGACAAGCACCGCCACAAGUGACUGGUGGCACAUGCAUUGUGCUUCCUUGAUGUCCCUUCCCUCCCCCCCCCCCCACCUGCCCUGCGGGUCUUUGUCAUCCUCACUCGUGUUCGCUUUUGAGUUGUAAUAUUGGCUUGGUGCCACAUUCGUUGUUGCUGCUGUGUGAGCUUUACUCUUCAUGUUGAGUGUGAUACAGUCACAUGGCACAGUGCACCGCGCGAUGAGGGGAGCAAAACGAG